UCCAGGAUCGAUCUCCCAGGGUCGAUCUCCCAGGACUGAUCUCCCAGGAUCUCGGGGCCCCCUGCAAUUCAACUCAGUAUGGCAAAAACAACACAAAGAAGGGAGAGUGAGCUUCGAUAGCCAUACAAACUCUUGAACUUAUGGCGGGAACAUUUGCUUCUCUAUUCACAGAAAUAUCACAACGGUUGUCCGAAAAUAAACAAGUGGAUUGUCUUUCAUCGGAAUUUAGGUUAUGUGAUACAGAUGAAGAGCGCAUAAGCUGCAUCUUGAAAACAGAACUGGUAGACCAGGCCCUUAAGGAGUGGCCUCACUGGGGCCAGUACAAAGACCAGAAGUCGUCUAGUUUGUCAGAAAAACUGCGUCUACAAGGUAAUUCGUUAUUCAAAAAGCAAAGUUUUACAGCUGCUCUUGAAAAAUAUACAGAUAGUGUUUUCAAUGCGGACUACUGUAAUGAAAACUCACAAUGUUUUGCUUUGGCCUUGGCAAACAGGUCAGCUGUUCUUUUCCAACUUUGUGACUUCUCUGAUGCGAUAAAUGACGCAGAGAGGGCCCUUGCAUAUGGCUACCCUGAAAAGCUUAAGUAUAAGCUACUAGAGAGAAUAGGGAAAUGCCACGUGAAGCAGAAUAGGCAGCAGUUUGCAAAAAAGUAUUUUAAAGCUGCAUUAAUGGCAUUGUCGAAAUCUGAUUUGUCUGUUGACCAAAAAAACAAGCAUGCAUUUGAGUAUUGCAAAAUGGAAAAGCAAUGUUCACCUGAAAAUCUGAAAGACAAAUCUCAGCCCUGGUGUGAAAAGGAAGGGACAGCUGAGAAUGAAAAGGCAGAUUCUAACCCCAUUUAUCCUUGUGCAACAUCAGCUUUUGAAAUUGUUUGUGACCCAAGCUUUGGAAGGCAUGCCAUUGCAACAAGAGAAAUUGAUGCAGGAGAGCUCAUAAUUUUUGAAAAGCCAUAUGCAGCUGUUUUGUUUCAUGAAAACAGAUUGACACAUUGCUACCAUUGCUUCAAAAGAUGCAAGACACUAAUUGGUUGUCCCACGUGCAGUUUUGUUGGGUUCUGUGAUUUUGCCUGUAAAGAUUUAGCAGUGCAGAGUUAUCAUGAAUGUGAGUGUAAAUUUCUAAGCACCCUCUAUUUGGCAGAUGUUGGGCUGGGACAUCUGGCUUUGCAGAUGGUUAUAAAAGCUGGCUUUGACUACUUAUUUCAGUUUAAAGAAAAUGGACGGAGUAGCCAGAGUGGACUAAAUGCUGAUGGGGUAUAUGACAGUCUUGACUACAUAUCAGUAUUCAGCUUGAUUGGCCACAGUGACAAGAGGUCAUUGAGUGACUUGUUUAAGCGAGCUGUAAUGGCUGUGUUUUUGAUGAAGUUUGUAGAUCAUAAUGAGUUUUUCACAUCUCCUGAUGAUGUGGAAAUGCAGUUUGCAAAGAAAGUUUGCAUUGGUGCCCACAUUUUAAAACAGCUUCAAAUGCUGCCUUGCAAUGCUCACGAAGUAUCUGAGCUGCAAAUCGACAGGUCAUCUAUUGCUGACUCAUACCUCAAAGAAAUUGGCUCUGCAAUUUAUGCAACACUGAGCCUGUUGAAUCAUUCCUGUGAUCCUAGUGUUGUACGACAUUCUUACGGAAGUUCCUGUGCACUUCGAGCUGUGAAGCAAAUUCCAAAAGGAGGAAUGAUUAUUGACAAUUAUGGCUCAUUGUAUGCUGUCAAUAACUUUCAGGAAAGACAAAGUUUGGUAUCAUCACAGUAUUUUUUCAUUUGCCAGUGUGAGCCAUGCUCUGGGAGUUGGCCCAUGUACCAUGAAUUACCUUCUGAUUUUCCUGGUUUUCAAUGCCCUGAGUGUAACUCAACCAUCAAAAGUAAGGCAACUUCAAGUGCAGCAAAACUGCGUUGCAGUGCAUGUCAUUUGGAUUUGGGCAUGGCAGUGGCUGAUUUUGAAUUAUCAAGGUCCAAUUUCACACAGGCAAUGGAGACAGUUUUGAAUGGUGACUGUCCCAAGAAGCAUUUGCCAAGCCUUCUCAGGCACCUUCAGUUAGUUUGCAAAAUUAUAAAGCUUCCAUGGCAAGAAUUUAAUAACUGCCAAGAAAUUGUGAAGCAAUGUUUUUCAAUGCUUGGAAAUCACAAUGAUAUCUAAAGUGUUGUUGAAAAUCAUGAAAUUGCUUUACAUCCCUAAAAUUGAAUUAAGUUUAAAAUGAAACAGUGAAAUUUUAAAGAAUGAUAAUGGUAUGCUUUGUAACAAAACUAUUUCUAUGCAUCUGUGGAUUAGCUAGACAACUUUAAAGUGUGUUUUGAUUAUAAAUUGCAUGUAAUAAAAAUGCACAAAUAUAGCUACUUUUGUUGCAAAUGGUACUCUAAACUCACUGUGUUGUAAAUAGACACUGGUUCAGUGGUGAUUUGCACAUGACCUGAAUUCAUUUUGAAAAGAUAAUAUGAGCUCUGCUCC